AUGGCGUGCCCGGAGCUAGAGAUUCAGGUCAAGAACACCUUUCUGGACUUUCGCGAGCAGGAGAGCGUCACCUUCUCACGCGGCAUUUCGUGGUCUCCGGGCGACACGCCGCUCCUUCCAGCGGCCGACACGCCCAACACGGGGAAAGCUCAGGUUACGGAGGGGCUGCAUGCAACUCCAGAUGCUGCCAUAGCUGUCCAGAAGCACAAGAAGCACAAUGCCAAGUGCAAUCCUUGUGUCUAUUUGGCGGGCAGCUAUGGAUGUACCUCACCCGCUUGCCCCUUUUGUCAUCACACCCUCGCCGUCCCGAACCAGCGGCGCGGACGUCCGCGCAAGCGCGUGCGGGACACGUACAAAAACAUGCUCGAUGCGAUCCUUCAGCGCCCCAACGAUGCGGCACGCCAUAUGGCGCUGCAAUCUUUGGCAGCUGAGGACCCUUACGUCCGCUUGUUGAUCACGGGACGACUUGAUGCUGAGUUUGCCGCCACUCACUCCACUUGA